AUGGAAAACACUAAGCCUGGUCAUAUAUACUUUGCCUCCGAGUCAGUUGGAGAAGGUCAUCCAGAUAAACUAUGUGAUCAAAUCUCAGAUGCAGUCCUUGAUGAGUGCCUUAGAAUCGAUCUCCACUGUAAAGUUUGUCUUCUUGGAGAGACAUUAGUCAAUGGAGAAAGAGUUAACUACGAGCAGAUCGCUAGAGAGGUUUGCAAAUAGGUUGGCUAUGAUGACGAGAGCAAGGGUCUCGACUACAAGUCAAUGAGUGUACUAGUUAAUGUUGAGAGAUAGAGCAGUGAGAUUGCAAAUGCAGUGCAUACCGAAAAAGAUAUGGAUGAUUUUGGAGCUGGAGAUCAAGGUCUUAUGUUUGGUUAUGCCACUGACGAAUGGGAUAAGGAAACUCUUCACCCAUACUCUCACUAUCUUGCUAACCUACUCUGCGAGGAAUUGGCUAAUGCAAGACAUAGCGGCCAAAUUAAGUGGUUAAGACCAGAUUGCAAAUCAUAAGUUAUUGUUGAGUAUGAGAACAAUAAAGGAAAUAUCAAGCCAGUCUCAAUCUAUAACAUCCUCAUCUCUACUUAACACGAUCCUGAUGUCAGUAACGAAGAGAUUGCAAAGACUCUCACAGAGUAAAUCAUUAGAAAGGUUUGCCCAGCUGAGAUGCUUACCAACACAAAGAUCGUCAUUAAUCCUUCAGGUUCUUUCGUAAUGGGAGGUCCACAAGCUGACUCAGGUCUCACAGGUCGAAAAAUCAUUGUAGAUACUUAUGGUGGUUGGGCUCCUCACGGAGGUGGAGCUUUCUCAGGAAAGGAUCCCACUAAAGUCGAUAGAUCAGCUUCCUACUAUGCUAGAUAUGUUGCAAAAUCAGUUGUUGCUGCUGGCCUCGCACAUAGAUGUCUAGUUCAAGUGUCUUAUGCUAUUGGAUUAGCUGAUCCAUUAUCAAUCCAUGUUGAAUCAUAUAACACUGUCAAGGAAGGCCUUAAUGAUGAUGACCUCAUCAGAAUUGUUAAGAAGAAUUUCAGUUUCAGACCUGGUAAUAUCAUCAAGGAGCUAAACCUUCUUAGACCUAUCUACUAAAAAACUGCUAAGUAUGGCCAUUUUGGAAGAAAUGAUCCAGAUUUCACUUGGGAAUAGCCCAAGACUCUAAUCCUAGAGUGA